AAGGCUUGCAGGGCCGCCCCGCCUGGCCGGAGGGGGCCGCGCGAGAGGCCGCCGCCCGCAGGGGGGCGGGGCCGCGCGCCGCGGGGCGCGGGCUCCGCUCCGCAGGGGGGGGGGGGCGGCUGGAUGCCUGAGCGGCGGGCCCUCCGAGGAGAGCGGCGGCGCGCUCGCAGCGCCGGUGAUAUGCAGGGCGCGCCGCCGCCUGGCGGCGUGCCUCUGCUGCCGUUCGGUGCCCCCGGGUUGCCGGGCCUGGGGGCGCCGAUGCUGGGCGCGGCGGCGCCCAUGCAGAUGGCGGGCAUCGACCCCUCCACAGCGCAGGCGCUGCUCCUGCUCCAGCAGACGCAGCAGCAGCAGCUGAUCCAGCAGCAUCAGCAGGCCAUGUUGCCCCAGGCCCAGCAUGCGAUCGGGAUGCUGGCGUCGCAGUACACGCUGCAGGCCGCCCAGGCAUACGACCAGAGCGUGUCCCAGACCAUCGACCCGGAGAUCACGGAGUUGGCACACAAGUUCAAGCUCGACGAGCGCAUCACCAGGGACCUGGACGUGCAGAUGAAGAAGCGGCAAGGCACUUUCGAAGACGACAUGAAGGCGCUGUGGGAGAUCCUGGAGGGUGCCAGGAACCCGGCGGGGCUCCUGAGGGUGAAGAUCCGCGAGAUGGAGGGGACGAGGGCGCCUUUCGGGGCACCGCCACGCCCGACCGGGAGGUGGAGGACCGACCUGGCGAAGAAGUUCUCGCUCGACGCCCAGGCGGCGGCCAAGCUGGCCGAGGUCUUGUCGAAGCGCGACAACCGCAGCAAGGACCUGAGGCAGAUCGCGAAGCACCUCGAGCUGUCGAACAAGCCGUCCUCGCUGGUGAUGCUGAUGCUGAAGGUUUGGUGGGACCGUGCCGAGUGGGAAGGAGAAUUACAGAAGCACCCCCACGAGGGAGGGACGGUUGCCGAACCGUUGGACUUCGGCGCGUACUUGUCGGACCACGAGGAACACAUUGCCGAGCGUGCCCCGCUACCAGUAGACCAUGAGACGAGAAGGGCGGCUGCGCAAGAUAAGCAGGAUAUGCGUAGAUCGUGCAGGAAAUCUAAGAAGCGCAGAGCCGAUCCGAAGUGGGGAGUUCUUGUGGAGCUCAUUUGGACGGCCCUCGACCCUGGAGUCAACCACGAGCGCCCUGGGGCCCUGAGCAGAGGCGUGAGUCUGUUGGACGGCAGCUACGGCGGCGCAAAUGCGUUUGCAAGCACUAGACUCCGCGACACCGCCCACCCGAUCGCGGGGGGCUUCCACGACCUAGCCAUCAACGCGCUUAUGGGCGACUCGAGUAAGCUCCACACGAUGCGGCAAGGAGACCAAGGGAUGGCUGGAGAGAAGAGGCGCAGCUGCGACGCAAUGAGAGUUGCGCGGCGGCUGCGUGGCAUCUCCUGGGGCCUGGGCACUAGGGAUAGGAUUGAGCGCGCUGUGUUCAUUGCUUUUGCGUUGGGGGCAGGGACUUCCCCCGGCUUGCUGCAGUCCGUGAAGAAGUCGACGGGCGGUUUCCCGAACGUCAGUCUGACCUGGCCAUGUUCUUGUGAGGCCUUGCAGAAUGGAGACGGCAGCCCAAAGGGCGGUGCUCCUGGGGUGGGCCAACCGCAGUCCGCAUUCGAGCAGAUCAUCCAGGGCACCGUGACCGUGCUCCCUCCCACGCCUGUGAUGGACGAGCGCUGCAGGACGCCGUCUCCAGCGCUGAUGUGCCAGCAGAUCAGCUCCCAGCUCAUGACAGCCGUAUCCUACCUGAUGUGCCAGUAG